AUGGAGGAGGGCGGCGGCGGCGGGUUCCGCCUGUCAGCCGAGUGCCUGGACGAGCCCCCCAACAGCCGCGUGUUCCUGGUGCUGGGGAAGGACACGGGGGAGGCGCUGAUCCGGGAGCGCUUCGCCCCGUUCGGGGAGAUCCAGGACAUCUGGCUGGUGCGGGACAAGCGCACCCACGAGUCCCGCGGCAUCGCCUUCGUCAAGUUCGCCCGCAGCUCGCAGGCCUGCCGGGCCAUGGAGGAGAUGCACGGCCGGAGCCUGGCGCCCGACACCAAGCCCAUCAAGGUGUUCAUUGCGCAGUCCAGAGCUUCUGGAAGCCACCGCGAUGUUGAAGAUGAAGAGCUUACACGCAUCUUUGUUAUGAUACCAAAGUCCUAUACAGAGGAAGAUCUGAGGAAUAAGUUUAAGGUGUAUGGAGACAUUGAAUAUUGUAGCAUUAUUAAGAAGAAGACCACAGGAGAAAGUAAAGGUUUGGGCUAUGUGAGGUAUUUAAAACCAUCCCAAGCUGCCCUGGCAAUAGAAGAGUGUGAUCGAAGUUACAGGGCCAUUUUGGCUGAACCUAAAAGCAAACCAUCUGAAUCAUCUGAACGUGAAUAUUACGGUAGUAGCAGUAGUAUGAGGCAGGAGCCAAUGGGGCAUGACCCAGGGCCUAGAGGGAGUGUGUUUCCCUUUGAAGGGCAGCCAGAAUUUGGUAGUUUUGAAAAGAGUCAGACAAGAGUUCGAGAAUCCGUUUCCAAACGCCUGUCAGUGGUAUCACGACUCCCCUUCAUACAAGAGCAGCUGUUCUUCCUCUUUGAUCUAGUCCCAGGACUGGAGUAUUGUGAUGUUCAGCGAGAUCCUCAUACUAACCAUGGGCAUGCUGUGAUUCAGUAUACUACUGCAGCAUCAGCUAUAUAUGCCAAAUACAAGCUACAUGGUUUUGAAUAUCCUCCUGGAAAUCGGCUAGGUGUAACUUUCCUUGAAGAUGGGAGUGACGGAUUGGACCACAUCAGAAAAAUGGCAACACAGCUGGUGACUUCACAAGUGUCAUCAAUGGUGUCACAUAAUAAUCUAGUUGGUCAGCAAUAUACAUCUUCUCAGCCGUACAGUGGAAGUUCUAGCUCUCAGUUGUCUCAGCCCCAAACAGAUGCUGUACUUCCAUCACGCAAAAAAAAAGUUCCUCCUGAGACUUCUGUGAAGGAAAGGCUUUUCAUAGUGUUUUAUCCUCAUCCCUUACCUGUAAAUGUGUUGGAGGAUGUAUUCUGUCGGUUUGGACAUCUUAUAGAAGUUUACCUUGUGACAGGAAAAAAUGUGGGCUAUGCUAAGUUUGCAGACAGAACAAGUGCUAGCGAUGCCAUAACUUCAUUACAUGGCAAGAUUGUGAAUGGUGUCCGGCUUAAAGUAAUGUUGGCAGAUUCACCUGCAGAAGAAUCUAACAAACGUCAAAGAACUUACUGACCCAAUGGGAAAGAUCUUCUGCAAGACCAAAGAAUGAGACUGGAAAACAGGUGAUGAGUUGCACAUCGUGAGAGGUCUGUCACUCUAGAUUCUGUAGCACAUCAGCCAGAAUACUAUUUAAAAUUAUGAAUUCCUAUUAUGAAUUAAGCAAAGGUAAGACAAUGAGAUGCUAAUUCAUUUCCAUACUUAAUUGCACAUCAAAUUGUCAAAUUACUCAUGCCACUUAUAUCUGGAGUUGAAGGAGUGGAGUGUGAUAGCUAGUAUUCGACUGUAGCUAAUACACGCUGGCAAAGUGCCAGUGAUCAUUGGUCUUCAACUUGCAUGUCUCAGGUAGGGAGGUAAGUAUUGGGUGCCUCUGAAUAAGGGUUUAAUAGGGAUCUGGGGUUGCUUGGAGUUAAAACAAGGCAAGGGUAUAAUAAAUCUACUUUACUUAGGUCUAAUGGUUUUACAUUGUGACUAUUAGCGGUUAUUACUGAAGCUUUUUAUUCCAUUCCUCAGGCAGAGAUUGCUCCAUAAAGAGAAGUUUGGGGCUUAAAACCAUCUGUCUUUCAGGAAAGAUCCUUUUUGAUGGAGCUUGGCAGAGCUAAGAAGGGUAUAGUCUAAGGGUACGUCUUCACUAUCCGCCAGAUUGGCGGGUAGUGAUCAAUCUAUUGGGGAUCAAUUUAUCGCGUCUCAUCUAGACGCGAUAAAUCGAUCCCCGAAUUGAUGCCUGUACUCCACCUCGGCAGGAGGAGUAAGCGGAGUCGACGGGGGAGCCGCCGCACUCAACUCACCGCCAUGAGGGCGGCCAGGUAAGUCGAACUAAGAUACUUCGACUUCAGCUACGCGAAUAGCAUAGCUGAAGUUGUGUAUCUUAGUUCGAAAUUACCCCCUAGUGUAGCCUAGGCCUUAGUGUCACAGGUGAGGUCAGGGUCCUGUCGUUAACCAAAGAGUGCUAUGCAUCUUUUUGGUCAGGAUUCCUCUCCAUGUACAAUAAGUAGUACUGUUGAAGAUCCAGUUGGUGUAGUCCUCCUUCCAUUUUGUGAAGAUCUUUUAAGGAGUCCAAGAGAGAAUCUUUGAGGGUUUUCAAGUGAAGUGAACUUAAAAUAUAAGAGUUGUGCUGAGCUAAGCUAAUGGUGUCUAGGAGCAGCAGCAUUCAUUUCAGGGGUCCGGUUCUGGCUGUGCAGGACAACAUUUUUUCCUGUGACUUUAUCUAGUGACUAUGUUGGAUAUGCUUGCUGCCUCUUAUUAUUGGGGUGUAAAUUUUGUUCAGAUCUGGAAUGAGAGAGAGAACCAAAAUAACUGUAGAGUCAGAGCAAGGUUUUUGGAGGCAAUGGGCAAAGAUACACUCCAGUGCUGCUUAGGAGCGGAACGGCCUUUUAUUUCAGUUUGCUUCCUAAAAAGUUUUCAUAUGUUCUCUGAAGGAAAUCUACAUUUCAUAAACCAUGUGUAGCUGGGGUGCACAAUGUUGAGGAGAGUAUUGAGCCUUGGGUCUAGGCUUUCUAAUGCUGUCCUUCCACUUCAAAGCAUAAAAUUAAAACCUUUCCUCCACUACAGAGGAAUCUGAUAAAUAUUCAUAAUAAUCAAGAAUGGCCAGUAAUGUUAAUGUAAACUAUACAGUGCAGUAGCAAGUCUGCUAUUAAUAUAGCAUGAAACAUAUGAGAGAUAAGGACAAACUAGUUUUUGAAAGCCUGACUGCAUUGUAGAUGUUCCACUUAAGUUUCGCAAUGGCCUUUUAAAAUUAACAACGGUUUGUUUUUUUUAAUCUGAUUUUGGAAUAUAUUUUUGUCUCAAAAUGUGGUUAUAGUAAGUGGCUAAACAGCAUUGUGAAGUUCCAUGUUUCUCCGCUGAUUCCAUGUCAAAGAUUGCUCAGUUUGUAAACAAAAAGAUAUUUUGUUCAAACUUUUAGCACUGCAAACUCAUCCUGGAGAUCUGAGCCAUUUCUUACACAUGUAAAAUAUUACAAGCAAAGUUGGAGUUCACAGAUGUAAAAGAGCAUAAUGUGGUGACACACAAGGACAAAAGGGAACCAAGUGCAGUUCUUACAACAGAAAAAGUUGAAACUAACCAGCGAGCUAAAAAGCAGUUUUGUGUAACUGUGGUCUGCCUCGCGUCAUUCCCCAUUUUUCCCUUUUCUUUUCCUUCUCCCACAGUAAAUCUGAAAAGCAGCCGUGGUGCAUCUCCAGCAGGGUGCAGCACACAAAAAUGGUGUCUCCCGUUUUGAGCUGCUGCUGUAGGAAUGCUAGCACUGGUGCUUCAAAAGGAACGACCUUUCAGUAGUAUUGUGGCACACUGAAAGCACGUUUUGUAAAACGUAACAUUUUACUCCUACCGGUGACCAAAUGUAGACAGGCUUUGCUUUUUUUUCCCACAAUGUAUGCAUGAUUAUGACUUCUGUCCCUAUGGUUAAAUUAUCUUUCUAAAUUGUGGUUUACUAAUCCGUAACUUCUUAGAUCUUCUUUAUCUGGGGUAAUUUAUUCCAGAGGUCUAAGGAUUAAAUGUUCUAAUACAUUAAAUAUGGUCACUGUUUUUCCCUCUCCCCCCCUCUCCGCCCAGAAAUUAGUUGUUUGUUUUCUUAAAACAGGAGAUAUAAAACAUUUAAACUGAUAUGCCUCUCGCAUUGCAUUUCCAGUGUUCGGUAACUCUAGCUUCUAAUACUUUGUUUUUGAGCAGCAGCUAUAGAUUUUCCUAAAAUGUUGAACUUCUGGCAUGCAGGUUUAGGAAUCUGGCUAAAAUAGGCAUCCAAGGUACAACUUGAGUGUUUCUUUCGCAGUUUGUGUAAAAGUGUAAAACUUUUUUUAUUAAAAAAGAUAUAUGGAUGUAUAUUGAAAAUUUUUUUUGGUUUAUUUAAC